AUGGAACUGGAUCCGAAUAUCGUCGCCAUCUUUGGUCCACCACCCAAAGAUAUGGAUCUUAGCCAACACCAGAUCACAACGUACAAUAUCGUUACUUGCAUCAUUCUUGGAAUCGCCUUCUUAGUGGUGGCUUUGCGCUUCUAUGUGAGGAACAUGAAGUCUGCCCAGCUAGAGAUGGAUGAUUGGGCCGUGUUGGUGAGCCUGUUUUGUGCUGCUGCUACUGUCACAAUGACAAUAUUAGCUGGCCAACAUGGUUCUGGAGCACAUGUUUGGUCCAUCAAGAUUAUGACUCUCGUCGAAGUCUUCAAGAUCGUUUACGCCGAGCCCUUCGUGUACGCCCUCGCCGUCACAUCCGUCAAGAUUAGCAUUCUCCUCCUCUACCGUCGACUGUUCCCGCUUGGAAUCGAUAAGAGUCGUGCCUAUACGAUAAUGUUUUACAUCGCAACCUUCCUGACAAGUUGCUAUCCGUUCAUUCUUUGGAUCACCAUGGCUUUCGCAUGCAAACCUGUUAGCUUUUUCUGGAACCAGUACAUCGGCGCCGAGGGAAAGUGUAUAGAUGUUAAGCUAUUCUUCCUUGUGCUGGGUGUUAUGAACAUGGUGAAUGACAUUGUCAUCUUGACCGUACCGAUCCCUCGUAUCUGGACAUUGCAGAUGAACAACAAGACCAAGGUUUCGGUUAUCUGCAUUAUGCUUCUUGGUAGCUUUGUUUGUGUUGCUAGUAUCGCCCGUAUCUACUAUCUUUGGGGGUUCUUCCAGAACCUCGAUGCCACAUGGUGGAUGGGCCCUUCAUUUGCAUGGUCGAGUCUAGAGCCGUCUGUCGCUAUUAUUUCAGCGUGUCUCCCUACGCUAGCACCUCUCUUCCGACUUGGUCGUAUGAACGCAACAUCCCGAGGUACACCUUCUGGAGGGAAUGAGCUGUCCAAAUCGGGGUCAAAGCAUUUUCAGCUAUUCAGUGCCAACCGGACAAAAGGAACUGGGUUUCAUAGCGACGACGAUGAGGUUGAGUUGACAUACGAUGUUGGACGAGGAGGAGCAAGUGAUCCUGCACCUUGGAAUAACAAGGGAAGUAAUGAAUCGUCUACUGAACGGGGCAUUAUUGUCUCGACACAAGUAUCUGUCACACGCCAUGACAAGAAAGCUGUUAGUGGUGGGAUUUAG